AUGAGGCCUCACUUGGAAGCAAUAAAGGAAGAGAUGGAUGGGAAGACAUUUGAUCCUGAGGCUGUUGCCGAAGGUCAUAAGCGGAUGAAAAAGCUAUUCAAAGAAUAUGGUCAUGGUGGAGCUUUCUGGUUUACCGAUCUCACAACUCCCGAUGCCUUAUACGUUUUUCCAGUUUUGGCUGCAUUAUCGUUCUUAGUAGUAGUAGAGUGUAAUAUGCAAGAAGGAAUGGAAGGAAAUCCUAUGGGUGACACAAUGAAAAAAUUCUCGAGGAUUCUUGCUUUUCUGACAGUUCCUUUCACCAUGACUUUUCCAAAGGCAAUAUUUUGUUACUGGAUUACAUCGAAUUUGUUUUCAGUGACGUAUGGAAUGGCACUUAAAGUUCCUGGUGUAAAGCAAACUUUAGGUAUUCCUGAUUUACCUGCUGCUCCAAAACACCUCAUCUCCGCACAAACAUUAUCAUCAAUCUUCCGUCAACAGUAG